AUGAGGUUUUGCCCCCUACCUCUUAUGCUUUGAAUGUCUUCAAUUUUGGUCAUGGCUCUGUGAUUUCUUGUGAUCUGAUUUCGAACGCUUCACUUUCGAUUCUAUGGUUUUAGCCUUAGCCUUUCUGCUUAUUGAUGAGUUUCAUGCGGUGAUCGAUCGCCCAUUAAUUCUUGUUUUAGUAACUUUGAUCAACUCGUCAAAUGUGCAUCUUCUUGCCCAAAGCUUUAAUAAGAAAAAAGGACUUGUAACAUUGAUUAACUCACAUUUUUGGAUUUGGAGUUAGAAAGAAACCAUUAUGUCAUCUGAUUCACCUGCUAAGGGAACACCAGAUGGUCACCCUCCUCCUCCUCCUGCUGCUGUAGAAGCUGGAACAACCGAUGAUUCACCUAAAGGGGUAGCUUCAAAACUAUCCGCCUCUGGGAUCUCAACAUGGGCCAAAAGUUUGAAAGUCCCUCAGCCUUUUUCUUCCGCAAGAACUGAUUCUGAUGUAGACAACACUGAAAAGUCUGCCUUUGCGAAAUUUACUAGUGGGUUAGGGCUUCGUUUGUCUCCUCAACCUGAUGAGACCGGCGAAGGAACUUCACAACCCGGUUUCAUUGGGACGAUUACGAAAGGUUUGGUGGAUACAUCAAAGAAUGCUGUCAAGGCUGUACAGGUUAAGGCUCGCCAUGCCGUGUCCCAGAACAAAAGAAGAUACCAGGAAGGAGGGUUUGAUUUGGAUCUGACGUACAUAACAGAGAACAUUAUUGCAAUGGGGUUUCCUGCUGGUGACAUGAGUUCUGGCUUUUUUGGAUAUGUCGAGGGUUUCUACCGCAACCAGAUGGAAGAAGUUAUUAGCUUUCUUGAAACUCAACACAAGGGAAAAUACAAGGUUUACAAUCUUUGUUCAGAGAGGUUGUAUGAUGUAUCACUAUUUGAAGGGAAGGUGGCCAGUUUCCCAUUUGACGAUCAUAAUUGCCCACCAAUCCAUUUGAUUACCUCAUUUUGCCAAAGUGCAUACUCGUGGUUAAAGGAAGACAUUGAGAAUGUUGUGGCUGUUCACUGUAAGGCGGGAAUGGCGAGGACAGGGCUUAUGAUAUGUAGUCUUCUGCUGUAUCUGAAGUUUUUUCCGACUGCCGAAGAGUGCAUGGACUUCUACAAUCAGAAACGAUGUGUCGAUGCAAAAGGGCUUGUGCUACCUAGCCAAAUUAGAUAUGUGAAAUACUUUGAACGAAUUUUAACCUACUUCAACGGGGAAAAUCAACCAGGCCGCAAGUGUAUGCUUAGGGGAUUCCGGCUCCAUAGGUGUCCUUAUUGGAUUAGGCCAUCCAUCACCAUUUCAGAUCACAACGGGGUUCUCUUUACCACGAAAAAGCAUCCUCGGACAAAGGAUCUAUCGCCUGAAGACUUUUGGUUCAGUGCCCCAAAGAAAGGGGUUAUGGUCUUUGCCCUACCCGGAGAGCCUGGUCUAACAGAGUUAGCUGGGGACUUUAAAAUCCAUUUUCACGCCAAUCAAGGAGACUUUUACUGCUGGAUGAACACGACAAUGAUGGAAAACAGAGUGAUUCUGAAAACCAGUGAACUCGAUGGGUUUGAUAAGAGGAAACUACCUUCACCUGGAUUUAUGGUUGAAGUUGUUCUUGCUGAUAUUGACACAACAGCCCCUGCAAACCCUAGUUCUGAACCAGCAUCAAAGGCACCCGAAGAAACUUCAGGAGCUAAUUCUUCCCCUGCAGAGGGUGUCACACCGGUUCCUGGACCUAAUAAAGAAACAGAGAACCCUGAUAAGGACGAUGUGUUCUCUGAUAACGAAACAGAGUCAACUAACCCGACCAAAACCACACCAUCGGCUUCUUCUCAAAACCCAGAAGCCAAACAUAGCGCAGAUGAAACCUCUGGUCUAGCUCGUGCGACCGAGAAAGUGUCUAUCUCUGGAAACAAGGGACCAUCUCAGCCGGUUAGCAAGGCUGAAGCGACAGAGAAACCUACUGGGGUCAACGCAUCAAGCUCGGAGAGUAGUGAGUUCAAAGUUAUGGCGGCUGAUGCGUCUGUGUUCUCGUUUGGAGAUGAAGACGACUACGAAAGCGACUGAAGAAUGAUGAACAAAAAGAAAGGCAGGUGUGUGUGUACAUACAAAAACAGGGAAUGUUAAACCAGUCAGAUAAUGGAAUCCAUUCAAUGUGUUGUGGUUUCUUGUCGUUAUGUUGAAUAUGGCCCUUGGCUUUUACAUUUUGGUAUGUUUUUUCCUCAAAAUAUUACUGCAGAAUUGCUUACGUCUUUAAUUUUGUAUUGUGACACUAUUAUUUGAAAUAAUAAAACUAUGCAUUAUCCACCAAAAAAA